GAAGGAGACAGACAUCUACAAGGUUCGUCUUCCAUCUCGUGCGUGUCUACGUCAGACGGGGACACACUCAUAGCGCUGCAUUCGCAGGUGAACCAAACCGGCGACCUGGCGUCGCUGAACUUCCUCACGUCCUCCCAAAUAUCGCUUCUCCCGAAUCUCCUCGCGCUGCGCGAUGCGCUCUACUCCCCCAAGUUCCGCGAGUUCCUGCGCGCCGUGACAGGGUGCGGUCCGCUCUCUGGGACGAAACGCGACAUGUCCGUCAACUCGUAUACGCGCGGGUGCCACCUGCUGAACCACGACGACGUGAUUGGCUCCCGGCGCGUCUCGUACAUCCUCUACAUGCCCCUGCCGCAUUUCCAGUACUGGCAGAAGGACUGGGGCGGGGCGCUCGAGCUCUACGCAACCGUCGUUGGCCCCGACGGCGAGCGCGAGCCCGUGUGCAUGCCGAGCAAAAGCAUCCCCCCGAGCUGGAAUCAGUUCAUCUUCUUCGAGGUCCAGCCGGGCGAGAGCUUCCAUUCGGUGGAGGAGGUUGUUGUGGGUGGAGAAGGCGAGGACGGGCGUGCGCGGUUGAGCAUCAGCGGGUGGUUCCACGCUGCGCAGGAGGGCGAGGACGGGCACGUUCCGGAACCAGCGGAAGGUGUGCCCAAAAGCUCGCGUGAGCAGCUGGCUAUGAGCUCGACUGCGUUCAAAGAAUAUCCUACAGAUCUAGAGCCUGAGGAGGCCUUGUCGGAGGAACACACGGCUUUCCUCUCCGAAUUUCUAAAUCCAGUCUAUUUGCAGCCGCGCACGAUGAAAGCGCUCGCAGCCCGAUUCGUGGAAGAAUCCUCGCUGGAACUGCACUCGUUCCUCUCCAAUGAUCUGGCACAUGCUCUGGGGCCGAGAUUACGCGAGCUGGACGCCGCUGAUGGUCUAGGCCCAGAUCGACUCGGGAAAGUUCCGCCCCACGAGUCGGGAACAAAGGGAGCGUGGGAUAUCCGGGGGCCACCCCACAAGUGGCGCUACUGCACGCUUCGGCCCCACGACGCGUUGGCCCCGGUGCAGGCCGUGACACCCCUGGCUGCCGGAUCGUCCGACGACAUCCUACGGGCUGUCCAGGACGAGCUGUUCUCCUCGCCAGCCUUCCGAGCCUGGAUCGCGAUUGUCUCGCGAUUGCUCCCGACACGAUAUGCAGUGGAGGCCCGGCGAUUCCGGCCCGGGUUGGACUACACCCUUGCGACGAGCGAAGAGAAGGAGGCCCGGCUGGACGUGGUGCUCGGACUGACGCCGGAGGUGCUCCAGGAAGACGCCGGCCCAGAUCCAGCAGGCAAGAAACGGACUCGCAAGACCCGGGAGGUCAAGCCCCGCGGCUGGCAGGCAGCAGAAUGGGGCGGCUGGGAAUGCUACAUGGCGCCGCACAACGAGGAGGACGAUCCCGCCGUCUACCGCGCGGGGACCAUCAAAAAGCCUGCGAGCGCUAAUGCCGAUACGAACGGGCACGCCAAUGGGAACGAGGACAUCGAAGAUGGAGACUCGGACGGAGAAGCCGAGGGACGUGAAUCGAUGGAGGUCGACGGUGAAGAGGAAGAGGACAGCACCCUGCUUACCGUCCAGCCGGGGUACAACCGGCUGUUGCUGGUUCUGCGAGACGAGCGCGUGAUGCGCUUCGUGAAGUACGUCUCCGCGCUCGCCGAGGGCUCGCGGUGGGACGUCUGCGGUGAAUACGAGGUCGGGAUGGUCGAGCAGGACGCGGACGGAGAUGGAAGCGCCGACGAGGACGAGAACGGGGCCGAGUGAUCGAUCUACACUAUCUUUUCAUCCUACAUACAUAGUCGUACUCAUACUAUUCAGGGGUAUUCGAAACGAACACGCUAAUCACGGGGCAUGUAGUCUGUAUCCAUCCGCCUUUCUUAUGUAUAACCUUUGUUUUCCCCCGGUCUCCCUGGGCAGCGCCUCAGUUCGUUCAGUCACUAGAGGGAUGCAGAGUCGAUCAAGUGCACCUUCGUUCAACAUAUAGCAUAACAACUUCUUGUCCAAGGCUGCAACUGCACUAGCUGAAUCACAAUCCUGAACCACAGCAUCCGAGCAGUCUUCUCAGAAGGAAAUCACUACACUCCAUCAACCAAUUAUUACGUCGUGCAUGCACUCACUAGUGCUGUCCAAAAGUCAUUACUGAGAUGGCAGGGAUGAUGCUUCGACGGCUGCAUUUCUGAGAACAAACAAUUCCAAGAUUCGGAGAUCUGCAACCUCUUCGAAUCUUCUCGUGGUAAAAGUACAUAGCAAGGAUUACAGA